GCACAUGCGCUUAACCAUACUUCUCACAUGUAUUUGAAGUUAUUUAUGUCUAGUCAGUAUCAAAAUCAGAAGUUGUAUUAUUAUAUAGUGAAAAUUAUGUUUUUGUUAUAAGUAUAUUUCUAAUUAAUAAACGAGAAGAUUUAGUGAUUUAAUUCGAACAGCUCCAAAAUGACUUCAAGAAUAACAGAUGAAUCUUCAAAUAACUCACUUUCAACUAGAUUUGCAACAGUAUCUGUUGUAUUUAUAUUCUUAACAUCUAUAUUAGUAUUAUUUCUUGUUUAUAGUACAUUCCCUAAAGUAACAGACGAAGAAAGACAACAUUUAAAAGUACCUUGGAAUAUAGAGGAUGCUAAAAAUUUAGGAAUUGUUUUGAAUAAAUAUAAAAUUGAUAAUUAUUAUCAAGUUAUGGCGGGUGUUUUCAUUACAUAUAUAUUUCUUCAAACGUUCGCGAUACCUGGAUCACUAUUUCUGUCGAUCCUCUCUGGAUUUUUAUUUCCAUUUUUCACAGCAUUAGCUCUAGUUUGUACUUGCUCGAUGUUAGGAGCUUCACUUUGUUUUCUUCUAUCGCAACUAUUAGGGAGAAAAUUAGUGCUACGUUAUUUCCCGGAAAGAGCCAGGAACUGGGCAGUACAAGUAGAAAAACACAAAUCCAAUAUGUUUAAUUAUAUAGUGUUUUUAAGGGUGACACCGUUCUUGCCAAAUUGGUUUAUUAAUUUGACAGCCCCGGUGAUUGGAGUGCCUUUAUAUCCUUUCGCUGUAGGUACAUUCUUUGGGGUAGCACCACCAUCAUUCAUAGCCAUACAGGGUGGGCAGACUUUACAGGAGAUGACUGCUAGUGAUACAGCCUUCAAUUUGACUUCGUUGAUGUGGUUGUUAGUAUUCGGGAUCGUUUCGUUGAUUCCUAUAUUUUUAAAGGGUAAAAUCAGGGAGAAAAUUGAAUAAAUUUGGUGUGUGUGUGUGUGUGUGUGUGUGUAUGCUAUUUAUUUAUUUGUAUAGAUUAUUCUUAUUAAACUGUAGGUAUAAUGUUUUUUUUUUCAUUCUAAUUUAUAAUUUGGAUAUAAUGAUAUAUCUUUAGUUGAAAAAAUAUUGUUGGGGUACAUAAUAGUAAUAGAGAACUCAAAUUUUAAGAGGUUCAAAUAAAUAGGAGCGUCGUCGACGGUAGCGUUUUUGAGAUACAGGUCGUGAAAGUUGAAUAAAAAAAAUUUUGGGUUAAUUAAAGUUUAGUACAGGAUUGUUGAUCGAGGUAUUUGGAAGGUAAAAUUAUUUUUGAGGUCUACUGAUGAUAACAUUAAUGGUGGCAGUUGUUUAGAUUUUGACUGGUAGUACAUUUAGUAUUUCUAAUUUUUUAAAUGUUGAAAUUACAACAGAUUUCUUAGUGUAUCUGUUACCCCUUUUUAAUUUAUCAUCUGAUUUUUUCUUAACAAAUCACUUCAAUAAUUGUGAAAAAAAAACGAUUAUACCUACAGUUUUAGAACAAAAUUAGUUUGAUUAUGAAAGUGAUUAUAAAAACUCAUAUUUUUGUGUUAACUAAAUCCGAUUGUUUGACUUUGAUUUUUUUUUGUUUUUAUUCAUAUCUCAGUACAAUUUCGUUAAAUAAACAGUGAAAAAAUUGUUUUCUCCGAUUAAAUAUUAUGAAAAAAAUUUUGCAAAUUGGAAAUAUAGAAGUUUAUAAUAUAA